CUUAUCAUAUCAAGAUGUGUGCUUUGAGCACGGUUUUUGAAAUUCAAAUCUAGCUAUAUGUAUAGGCAACCAGUAAAAUACUUGUGUAGUUGUCUGGCAGCAUUCACUUCACGUGGCUAAUUGACAAAUUCCAUAACCUUAAACUUUUCCAGUUCUUGUUUUUUUAUUUUACGAAAAUGGGUGCCUCAAAGCCAAUUUUCCGGGACUUGAACGCAGAUGAUCCCGAACCAGAGGCAACGGAAAUAGAAUCUUUAUGUGUAAAUUGCCAUGCUAACGGCAUAACAAGACUUCUGUUAACAAAAAUUCCAUUUUACAAAGAGGUUGUCUUAAUGUCAUUCUCAUGUGAGCACUGUGGAUUUGAAAAUAACGAAAUUCAAUCAGGUGCUGCUAUUAGUCCUGAAGGGGUUAAAAUCAGUUUACGUGUGGAAACCCAGGCUGAUUUAAACAGACAGUUAGUAAAAAGUGACUAUACUAGUAUUAAAAUUGUCGAACUCGACUUUGAAAUACCUGCAAAAAGCCAGAAAGGAGAGGUAACAACUGUUGAGGGAGUUAUUACUCGUAGUAUAGCGGGGUUGCAACAAGACCAACCUGUCAGAAGAAUCCAACAUCCGGAAGCGGCCGCCCAAAUUGACGAAUUUAUUCAAAAACUGGAGAAACUUAAAGAUUUAAAUUCUCCAUUUACAUUAAUUUUAGAAGACAUUUCUGGCAAUAGCUUCAUUGAAAACCCCCAAGCACCCAAAAAGGACCCCAACUGCAGCACCCACUUCUUCAAAAGAACUAAAGAACAAGACCACGAACUUGGCAUUUUCACCCCUGCUGAAGUUGGCAAUGAGAAAAGCACUGCAUUAUUACACCCUAUCUCCGAAAACGAAUUCACUCUUGAAGAUCUUGAAGGCGAAGUUUUGCAAUUUCCCACAAAUUGCACCAAUUGCAAUUCUCCUUGUGAAACCAACAUGAAGAUGACCAAAAUUCCACAUUUUAAAGAAGUGGUAAUAAUGGCCACAAAUUGUGAUGCUUGUGGCCACAGAACUAACGAAGUGAAAUCAGGAGGAGGCAUUGAACCUACAGGAGUCCACAUUGAAGUAUUUGUUAACGGUCGGGAAGACUUCUCCCGCGAUGUUUUAAAAUCUGAAACAUGCAGUUUAAAAAUCCCGGAAUUAGAGCUAGAAGUGGGCCCCCAUGCCCUUGGUGGGAGGUUUACAACAGUUGAGGGGCUGUUAGUGGCGAUUAAAGAACAAUUGGAUAAUCCCACUUUCUCGCACAUGUUUGGGGAUUCACAGACGGCGGAGUCUAAAGCACGAUUGGAGGAAUUUUUCAAACGGCUGCAGCAAGUGUUGGAUGGGGAGUUUAAAGUUACGAUAGUUUUGGAUGAUCCAGCGGGAAAUAGCUACAUACAGAGCCUGGAUGACGAAGAUAAGGGACUAAAAAUAACGCAAUAUGAGAGAACGUUUGAGCAAAAUGAGGAGUUGGGUUUAAAUGACAUGAAAACGGAAAAUUAUACAAGUGAUUAGGAUAAAUAGUUUCACUUAUGUAUAUUUUCAAAUAAAACAAUUUGUAUAAAUUAA